AUGGAGCCUGGGGCCUGUGAUGCGCUGGAGCAUGAGGAGCUUGGCGAGGUGAUGUUGCUUCAGACCCAGCUUGAGGUGCAGCACACGCCAUCCAGAACAAGCCUCAUACAGGAGCUUCAUGUUGGGCCUCUUCUCAUGUCGGUGGCCUCGCAGUUGCAGCAUCCCAUCCCCCUCUUCGCUUUGGUCGUGGGGCUGGUGGUGGUGGCUGUCAUGGUCUGCGGCCUGCGAAGAUGCCUUCACUCGGGGGCUGCCCCCCAGCCCCAGCGCGAGACAGGGGGCAUUCGGCUAGGGAUCUAUGGAAUUCUGCUGACGCAGACCUUGAACGCCCUAGCCACCAUGGUGGUCCUGCCCACUCUGCCAUUCUUUGCGAUGACGCUGGGCGCCUCUGCUCUUGAGGUGUCACUCAUGAACUCCGGGUACAACUUGGCUCAGAUGUUCUGCUCCCCCCUCUUGGGCGCAAUGUCUGACCGCUACGGGCGCAAGCGCGUCAUGCUCGGAGGCAUCUGUAUCCAAAUGGUGUGCAACACCUUCAUGGCGCAGUCGCACAGCCUCACGCAGCUCUUGCUUGCACGCACGGCCGUGGGCAUGGCGCUAAGCACGGGGCCGGUCGAGAUGGCUUACAUCAUGGACUUCCUGCGCUCUGAAGAGGAGCUCAGCCGAGUCCUAUCCCUCCAGCGAGUCAUGACCAGCGCCGGUGCUUUGGCGGGGCCUCUGGUGGCGCGGACCUUUGACAAGCUCCACUUCCAGACGCUUUGCCUAGGCGUGGUGGGCGUCAACGUGCUGAACUUGCUGAUCGGCGCGGUGCUGUGGGAGGAUGCAGCCAAGCCAGAGGGCAGGGACAGGAAGAAGCCAAUCCAGGUGGAGCAAGACGAGAGCAUGGAGGAGGCGCCAGACAAGUCCAUUGGAGAGCAGCUGUCCGCCAUGUUCGCCAACCAAGCUGCUUGUGGCCUGCUGCUGGUGUCCUUUGUCUACGCGUUGGGCUUCGCCAUCGGCGAUGGACCGGAGAUGGUGUUUUUCAAGGAGCGUUUCGGCUUCGGCAAGGAACAGGCCUGCAUGUUCUACCUGCUGACCAAUGUGUCCACUUUGGUGUGUUCGGCCUGGGUGCCAGCCUUGCUAACCAACUUCGGUGCUCUGACGCUGUGCAUUGCAGGCACCCUGGGGGGCUCCGUCUGCUCGCUGCUGCUGGUCUUUGGGCCAACUGCCGCCUGGGUGCCGUACACUUUUGGCAUCUCCAUGGUGGGCCUCUUCGGAACCAUGAUUGGCAUGGGCUUCAUGCACCUGGUUCGAGAGUACUGCCCGGAGGAUCUCAUGGGCACCAUGUUCGGCAUCCAAAGCUCCCUGAACGGCGCGGCGGGAGCCUUGGCGCCCCCGUUUGGCGGCUGGCUCUACCGCUUGAACAUCUUCCUGCCCUUUCUGUGCACGUCCGCGUCCUGCGCUCUAACUGGCUUGCUCUACGAGAUCGCCCUGCCAAAGGCAGGCAAGCAGACGGUGAAAGAGACCAAGACGGAGAUACAGCAGGACGAGACGGUGGUGCACCGGAAGAUGCCCAAGCUGAGACGUCUUUCCACACUUGGCCGACCCAUCUACCACGACAAGAGUUUCAUCAUUCAGGUUUGCGCGAACGAGCUCAGUAUCGGCCUGAACCCAGAGAGCAUGUACUUCUACAGGCGUAUGCGCGAGCGGCUUCGUGAUGAGAACGUGCGCGGGGGUAUGAAGCUGGGCUCUUGA